AUGAAAGCUAUUUUUUCAACUUCUCAACAAGAGAAUCUUCUGCGCACUCUUUUAUCGGAGAUAUUGUUAAAGGCUCAGGUAGAACGCUGUUAUGUUAUUAUAUCCGAUGAGUGGUAUAGCAGCAUUUACGAUCACAAUUUCUUUAAAUAUUCUCGCAAUUCGGUAACGAAUUUUUACUUACGUAUUAAAGACACCGAAGAUUUAAAGGCACCCAACUAUAAUACCGUCAGAGUGCUGAAACAGAUAAGGGCCUUUAAUUGUGAUUUACAUUUGAUUACUUUACUAAAUGGCAUACAAGUUAAACGUCUAUUGUUAUUUCUCGAGAACUAUCGUAUUUUGAAUACUAAACGAAGAUUUGUUUUUAUACACGAUGAUCGUUUGUUUGAAUCUGAUAUGUAUCGUGUUUGGAGUAAUAUGAUUUUUUCGUUAUUCAUAAAGCCUCAGGAGGAUGAGGAAAGUUUUAUGAUUUCAAAUAUUGCUUUUCCUAAUAUUUUGGUGAAUGGAGCCAUAAUUCCGAAGCAAGUUUUUGUGUGGUUUAAUGGAAGGUCUUUAAAGAAAGUUAAGCUCUUUGCCAAUACAUCCGGCAAUUUACAAGGUUUACAUUUACCGGUGGCUGUGUUCGAGCACAUACCUAUGAUAACAUCUAACAAGUAUGGUUCAACGGAUACUAAAUAUAAAGGAGUUGAGAUUGAAAUAGUGACAGCAUUGGGUAAAGCUAUGAAAUUUAAACCAGCAUUUUAUGAAAGUCCAAAUAGUCAGCAAGAACGUUGGGGAAGGCAGUUAGCAAAUGGUACUUAUACAGGAUUGAUAGGGCAAUUGAGUUCGAAUUCUGCUAUAAUUGCUAUUGGUGAUCUACAUAUUUUUAAUGCCUUCAGCACAAUCAUCGACUUUAGCAAUCCCCAUAGCUAUGAGUGUUUAACAUUCUUAACACCCGAAUCUUCGCAGGAUAAUUCAUGGAGAACAUUUAUACAACCAUUUAGUGGCAGUAUGUGGGCUGGUGUUCUACUAUCUCUAUUUCUAGUGGGAACAAUUUUUUACAUUUUAUCCUUUCUACAUGCUUUACUAAUGCGCAGGAAAUCAUCGCGUUAUCUUAAUCAAAUGGCGGUGUUGUUAAAAUCUGAAGAUUUAUUUGAUAAUUUUGAAAAUUGUAUACUCUUAACGUAUUCCAUGUUAAUGUAUGUCUCAUUACCACGAAUGCCGCGUAAUUGGCCGUUACGUGUUUUGACUGGUUGGUAUUGGUUAUAUUGCAUUUUGAUAACUGUAAGCUAUAGGGCUAGUUUUACUGCUAUAUUGGCUAAUCCAGCACCACGUAUAACAAUAGACUCUUUAGAGGAAUUAAUGGAAAGUCGUUUGACAUUAACGGUAGGUUCUAUGGAAAAUAAAAAACUAUUCGAUAAUGCAUUUGAUGAGAUACUAAAGAAAUUGGGCACCAAAACGGUAGUAGUUAAUGAUAUCACUGAUAUAACCAGCAAAAUAGCCAAAGGAGGUUAUGCCUAUUACGAUAACCAUUAUUUUCUAAAGCAUUUACGUUUAGAGGAAGCCUCAUCCCAUAAAGAAGGUGACGUUUUACACAUCAUGAGCGAUUGUGUUGUGAAAAUGCCUGUAGCUUUAGGUUUAAAUCGUAAUUCUCCUCUAAAGCCUUCUAUCGAUAAAUAUUUACAACGUUUAAUGGAAUCGGGUUUAUUGGCUAAAUGGCUUCAGGAUACCGUUCAGCAUUUUGCCACCGAAGAUGUAAUGCCGCCAGAGGCUUUAAUUGAUUUGCGAAAAUUUUGGGGUUCAUUUGUUCCAUUGGCAAUUGGUUAUUUUUGCAGCUUUAUAGCGGUAUUAUUUGAACAAUGGCAUUUUCGUUACGUGAUUUGUAAGCAUCCACUGUAUGAGAGAUGCAAUCCGAAAUUGUAUUAUAAUUUUAAGAGAAAAUUUCCUGAUAAUUAA